UCCAAGCAUCGAGGAGGGAGGGGAUAUUUUAAUGGCCGUCAGUUGCAUCUAAAAAAUGCACAAACUCCGGAUUAUCUUCUAUAUUUAGACAGGUGCAGCGUCUGGUACCUUUGGGACGCCUUUCUUUUGCAACAGGCAUUUCUUUUGAGACAUAUUUAGGGCACAAAUGUGUUUCUAGUGCCUUUUCUUCUGCUCUGAACGGACUUUACCCGCUUGAUUUGUGCGUGAGUGGCUGAUCAGGCCUAGCCGGCUGGAAACAAGCGGACGAUUAGCUGGAGUUGAAAGAGAAUAUGUAACAUACAGCAAUCGACAUGACAUCCAGAUUCGGUAAAACGUACAACCGCAAGGGAGGUGAGGCUAAUUCAAAAUUUGAAGAAGUCUUCUCCAAUAAGAAACCCACGUUGACUACGAAAUGGGGAGAAACCACCUACAAAGCUCAUCUAGAUUCUAAGAGGCCUCUGUUAAAACCUGGGGAAGCUGAUGUUUCCAAAAGGCCCAGGCUUGAAGACAGUGACAGUGAAGAAGAUCCAUUUGGUUUUGACAGUGAUGAAGAAUCCAAGACCAUAGCCUCACACAGUGUGUCUGAAACGAAUAUUGCAGAAAAGGAUGCAACAAAAACUGCUGAAAUGCAAACUAGAGUGACUGCUACCGUUGUUUCCUCCUCUCAAGGCUCUACAAGUGUAACACCUAAAUUUACAAGUAAGCAAGCCUCUGAGGAGAAGAAUGUGAAAAACAACCAGCCGUGGUACAAAAGUGCGUUGGACGAAAGUCAAAAACCUGCAAGCCUGACUUCUUCAAACACAGUCUUUUCUGAAAGUCAAAACUUCUUAGUAUCCCAGACACAUGCUCUCUCCUCUCCUUAUCUAGACCCCACACAAAAACUAUCAAGUGAUGCACCUGGAGGAAGCAAAGACCUCCAAACCUCUCUUUCUCGGGAUGAAUUUUCAUCAGAGGAGUUAAAGCUUAUAGAGCAGGAGCAUUCCACAGAGCCUCCACCAGAACCCGUAGACAACAUUCCUCCCUCCCCGUUUACCCUCAGAGCCUCCAACUGCAAGAAAUACCAGAGGCCCACCCGACCUGAUAAAAUGCAUUCUGAGCCCGUUGAAAGCAACAGCGACACACCCACUGAUACAGCGAGUGCCCGAGAUAAACCCAAUAGUGUCCUUUCUGCUGGUGCCAGUAGUACUGCUGCCAGUGCUAAACCAGCAACUAAGUCAGCAGGCAGAGGUGGUGGGAGAGUGCGGGACUACACAGUGUUGCACCCGUCCUGUGUGUCAGUCUGCAAUGUCACCAUUCAGGAUUCCGUUGAGCGAAGCAUUGAUGAACUGGUGCCCCCUGCUACCCCUGCUGACCUCGGAGAGGCGGGUCAGAUGAAGAAGAAGUCUGAUGUACCGCCAACUAAACCUGCAAGGUUUAGACACGCCCAGACGAAAACAAAAAAGACUAAAGCUGAGACCAAGCUGGAGUUUUUUGGCUUUGAGGACAAAGAAGGCGAGGAGGAUGAGGAGGGUCCAGAGGGUUUGGCGGCAGGCAAAAGCAGCUACAAGAUCAAGUAUUUUGGCUUUGAUGACCUGAGCGAGAGUGACAGCGACGAUGAGAGCUGUCAGGUCAGAGAAAAAAAGGCCAAAAAGGCGGCCGCAGCUUUAGCUCUGCUGAGCUCCAGUGUUGACAGUCCCCAUACCAGCGACUCUCAGGACAGUCAAGCCAGCAGUAAUACAGAUGCUUUUGAGUUCUUAGAUGACUCCAGCCCCGGUGGUAUCGAUGGGCAAAAGGGGCGACCAGGAAAGCCAGGUGAUAAAUCUAAGGACACAGCCAGUGGAUUCAAAAAGAUUUUUAGUGGACCUAAAAAGUCCCCAUCUAAAGCCGUGUACAAUGCUCGCCACUGGAACCAACCAGAGCCUGAGGAGGUACCCGCGCCUCCACUUUCUCGAUCUCAUACUGCUCCGGCUGUGUUAUCGAGCAGCACCAAGGACAGCAACUCCCAUAAAGAUGACGGCUUGUUCAAAGCCCCUCCACCUCCACCAAAAGUCAUCAAGAUAGAGACCAUGCCCACGCGACUCAACCAGGAUAUUGUGACGGCRGUGAAAUGCAGGAAGGAGGACAAAGAGCUCUACACAGUGGUGCAGCAUGUGAAGCACUUCAACGACGUGGUGGAGUUUGGAGAAAAUCAGGAGUUCACAGACGAUUUUGAGUAUCUGGAAACAGGACUGAAGAGCAGCCAGCCGCUUAACACAAGAUGCCUUAGUAUAAUCAGCCUGGCCACACGGUGUGCCAUGCCCAGUUUCAGGAUGCACCUGCGGGCCAGAGGGAAAGUGGCUCAGGUCUUCAAAAUGCUUAGCGAUGCUCCACAGCACCCGAACCUCGCUCUGUGCACGGCUGCCCUGAUGUACAUUCUGAGUCGGGAUCGUCUCAACAUGGAUCUUGACAGAGCAUGCCUGGAGCUAAUGAUCAAACUGCUGGAAAUGGAUCAAGACUACUCAGGCAGCCAGGAUCAGCUCACUGCAAAGGAAGUGGCUAAGGUCAAAGAGAAGAUCAGGAAGCUGUGUGAGACUGUGCACAACAAACAUCUGGACUUAGAAAACAUCACGACGGGCCACCUCGCCAUGGAAACGUUAUUAUCACUGACCUCCAAGAGGGCUGGGGAUUGGUUCAAAGAAGAACUACGGCUACUUGGAGGUCUAGACCACAUCGUGGACAAAGUGAAAGAGUGCGUUCAGAACCUGAGCCAAGAAGAUGACAAAGAUAAUCUUGUAGCAGCUUUGUGGGGAGCUGAAAGGUGUCUGAGGGUGCUUGAAAGUGUGACAGUACAGAACCCAGAAAAUCAGAGUUACCUGAUUGCCUACAAAGACUCUGAGCUUAUUGUGUCUUCUGCUAGAGCUUUGCAGUGCUGUGAGGAUAUGAUCCAGAGGUACAGCAGAGCAUUAAACAACAGCUCCGUGUCAUCAUCGGGUGUAACACUGCCACACUGUAGCUUUAGCAACGUGGGGAAGGCUUUGGAGGAUUGUAUGAGAGCAGUUAUAGGGGUGCUGCUCAACCUUACACACGACAACGAAUGGGGAAGCACUAAAACCGGUGAGCAGGAGCAGCUAAUAGUGACCGCUCUCAAUUGUGUCCUUCGGGUGCCACGCUACAUCCCACAGGAGCAACGYUUCGACGUGCGAGUAUUGGGUUUGGGGCUCCUAAUUAACCUCGUGGAGUACAGCUCCAGAAACCGCCACUGUCUGGUGGAGAUGGAGUACGAAGUGGAUGACGCAUGUUUGGAAGACAGCCUGAUGCAACCUGCUGACCAAACGCAAUCGGAGACCGCAGCAGUGUCAGCUGAGGCUCAGGGAGACGGGGCUGACAUCCCGAAGCCCUCAGGAGYUUUGGCAGCCCUGGUGAAGCUCUUCCUUGAGAGGGAGCGUGCCGCCAUCCUGGCCGAGGCGAAGACGGACGAUCUCAUCAGCGAGGCUCCCAAACCGGCGCUGGACAAAAGUGGAGAGUGGCAGGAGACGUCAGGAGAGAUCCAGUGGGUGGCGUCUGAAACCAACGACAGCCAAACUGAAAAGAAGGAGGAGGAGGAUGAAGAGCUGGACCUAAAUAAAGCUCUGCAGCAUGCAGGGAAGCAUAUGGAGGACAGCAUUGUUGCCUCCUACACAGCUCUGUUACUAGGUUGCCUCUGUCAGGGCAGCCAGAUAAAUGUGACUACUGUGAGAAACCACCUUCCUAAAGGGGAUUUCUCUAUCAUGACAGAAAUGCUGAAGAAGUUCUUGAGCUUCAUGAACCUCACUUGUGCAAUGGGCACCACAGGACAGAAGUCUAUCUCACGGGUCAUUGAAUACCUGGAACACUGUUAACAAACAGUGAACCACAGUAAACUCUGCACAUUUAAAGGGAUUCCAGACCACCCUGGUCCCCCUCCCUUCCCCUUCACAACCAACUAAACAGGAGCCACAAGGAGACAUUGGAGUUGCACUUCCUCAACUUUGCUCAAUUGCUCAGAAAUCUCCCAGAGAAACGAUGCUGACAAAUUGUUUUUCAACUCUGAAAGAGUUUGACUCUGGAGCUCAGCCUGAACCAAAGCCCUGCUCGCCGACAAACACGCAAGAUUUUCUGUCACCCAACGAACGCCGCAUUUUCAAACCCGAACCAGAUUCAUCCUCAGACAAAAAAAAAUGCAUGGAGGCUCGACUGAAUAAUCUUGCAAGCUUCUCAAUAUUCUGUGGAAUGUCAAGUGAAAUGGACUCGAAGCGGGCCGCUCCAUGCGUCAUCCCCAAGAGGUUUGACAACAACGGGCCACAGAGGAGGAGAGUCCCAUUCACUGUCGAGUGGUGAUUUCUGGUUUGGGCAGCUGGAGUGUGAAGCUUUGAAUCAGAUUUUAUGGAUCAUUACAUUUUAAUCUCUGCCUAUCUACGUCCAAGCCAAGGUUGAAAUAAUUGAUCAGCAGGGAAAUCAAUCAUUUUCAUGGAUGUUAGAAUGAUGUCUAUAUGUAAGCCAGUGUGAAGUGGUUUCGAAUGCACACAUCCAUUAACCUACAUGUCUGCAGUUAAACUGAAUGUUGAAGGGAACAAGGAUUUGUAAGCUUUGGUUUUUUCUGUUGGUGCCCAAAAAUAUUUUUAGCUUUUGAUUCAUUAUAUUGUUAGGUUCCUCUCAAGUCCUUGAAAUUUUUUAUUUUUAUUUUCUUUCAUUCCAAACAACAUAUUACUGUUGAAGUCAGGACAGCUCGACACACCAGCUAUGUUUGGGUGUUCUCUGAAUGAAAAACAGCACUAGGAAAAUACAGCUAAUAUAAUUUUUUUUUCCUUUCUCUCAUCACCCAUGUAUUUGGAUUAUAUUUUAGUUUUAGAUAAUUUAAAUUUUAAAUAAUUCAGCUGUGCAAUUACAAUGUGCAUUUCAAUCUCACAGGUUUGAUCAGUUGCUCCAAAUGAUUGUUGUGCUUUUAAAAUUUGUUAUGAAAUAAUUUUGAGAAAUAUAUAUUUAAUUUAAAGCUUUCACCUUUUGUGUAAAUGCAACAUUGUUACCUAUUUGAAUGUUGUUUGGGUUUAAUUAGCCUCAGUAGAUCAGCUCAUAGGCUGGGUAUUUAUGUGACAGAUUUCUUACUAAACUAGAUUUAGCUUAAAAAGACACAGUUUUCAAAUCACUGAAUUAGAAAACUUCUUUUUUGCCUGUGAUUAACUAACAACGCGUGUCCAGCAGCUUCAUGCUUUUCCCUCAUUGCAUCGGACAUUUGCUCCCGAUUUAUUUAUUCUGCUGUCGUGUCAUUUUUACAUGUGAUUAUGCACCUGAACCUCUGAGAAAGCCUCUUGUCAUGUACUGCUCACAUGUACGAUCACUGAACCGAAUUACAGCCAUACCUGUACAAAACUACAAUUGAACCUGGUUUGUAGAGCUGCAGUGAACAGAACUGCAACAGAGUUUACUGUUAAUUACUUUGCAAAGUUUUUUUUUUUUUGGUCUAAAGGAAAUUUUAGAAUGUAAAUACUCCUGUACAUAGCUGUUAAUGAACAUUUAAAAUGACGUAGACUUCCCUCUUUGUUUCCCUCUAAACUCUUAUAUUUUUUAUUUUAUAUAAUAUCGGAGUUGUUUGACAAAAACAAAAAAAAAAAAAAAUACUGGAAGUGGGGAGGGAAAAAAAAAAGUUUGUACCCGUUUUAAAACCAUUGUGUCUGGUUACAUGUAAAUAAUUGUAUCUCAAAACUGUUAAAAAUAUUGCUACUUUCAGUACACUUGUGUGUUUUGUUUCUUAAAUAUCUUUUUCUUA